CAGAGUCACUCCGAACAGUCAACGACUCGCCAGGCAGACAGCAGAUCACGAUGCUGAGAUUAUCGGCCGUGUGUCCAUUGAUCCUUCUGCUGGCUGGAGUCGACGCGGCCGGUAUCGGCGAGGCUUGGCAAAUCACGCCGUAUUUAAAAUCACUUUAUCCGGAUCAUCUGUUUUGGCCACGAUUUGACUCCACGGCAUUCGAAGUCCGCACCGUAAGCGGAGUAGGUCGUCUGCCUCCACUCGAGGAAUCGCGAAACGCUCGAAAACAUUCGGAGCUUACUACAUCGAGUUCCGUAGAGCAAAAUUCCCUACCGGAUGUCGAGAAAACUUCCCAUCUGGAGAACGAGAACAUCGAGCGUUUCCAGAAGCUCUUGGAGAAUUCAUCUCGCAACGAUGACGAGGUCGAAGCCGAAGAGGAAGACCCCGAAGACGCAGCACCUAUCCGGAAAAUGUUUCGAAAGACGCUGAUGAUGAGACUUUUGCACGCAAACGACAACGACGAGUCAUCUGCGAACGAGGCGAGGGAAAUCGUACGUGUUCGCAGGCAAGCGGAGAACGAGACAAGCAUGGAAAAGAUCUCGACGACGAAGAGCGUGCGCGAGGCUCGGCUGAACUCGAACAGCCCCGAGACCUGGUCGAGUUCGGUUCAACCGAUCUCGGUGGAAUUUCGUCACCGUAUCCCGCUGGACCAGGUGAUCCGGCAGCAGCAGGAGGAAGAGGAAGCCGCCGCACUCUCCAACAGCUAUCGGAGACAUCAGGCACCUCGGGUGGACUUUGUUACCGGUCAGCAUCAUCGACGAAAUUAUCCGGAGUAUCGCGAAUCCCGGGACAUGCCGAUCACCAGGAACUACGACGACUACGACCAGAUGUCCUGGUACAGGAACGCGAUACGCGAGAGAGAGUACCCGUACGAGUACUCGUAUCGUCGUGGAUACAGCUACCACAAUCCCGAUCGCUACCGGAUGGAGAGGGAUUAUUACGCGCGUCUGCCGAACGAGCCGAAUUAUUACUACGAUCGUUACAGGGACGACUCCGAUUUCGAUCUCUACGGCAGGAAUCGAGCCACGCCGAAGCCGAGGCGGAUCAUCUACUACGCCACCCUGCCGGAGGUGGUGCGGAAACCGGUGGAUCUGAGAAAUUAUCCGCGAUACGACAAAGCCUCGGUCACGCGAGACGGUGCCUACAAACGGGUCCCAGGCAACGUCGAUCCCGUAAGGUAUCGAUACAGACAGUACGGUUACGAUCCGUACGCGAAGAGAUCGAGCUAUUACGAUCGUACCUACGAAUAUCCCGAGAGCGAUUCGCGAAAGGUCAGAGUGUCGACGAAGGAGAACCUGAGCAGCGAGCGGAAAGUGAGCAAUCUUAUCGCUAUCAGGGACAACGACGGCAAAUUACCCUGGCCGGUGCAGAUCGGCACGGAAGUUAGCAUCAAGGACGACGAGAGGAUUCCCGGGCGGAAGAUUUUUGGCGAAUCGCACGUCGGCUACGAUAGAUUUCAGAGCGCGCAGUUACAGAAAGCCCCGGACGCCACGGGAUCCAGCGAGCUCCAGAGCGAUAAUUAAGGAAUAAUUCAUCGUCGGGCAUAUAAUAUUUGCUCAUUUAUGGUAUAUCGAAUGAGAGAAUUAAUUCUACUUUGUUUCGAGAAACCACGAACGACGAUGAUAUUCUUCCAUCAUUAUUAAAUAAGCGCAAAAUUUGAUAUUAAAAAUAUAUACAUGAUGAAUAUUGAAAUAUAUAAUAAUUACAGGAAAAGAGACGAUUAUCGCAUUUAAAUAAUUUAGGAGAUCUCUAAUCAGCUGUCACGACUUAAUAUUUACGAAGGCACUUAAUUUGUUAAAUAUUUAAAAAGCGAUCUCUCUUUUUUAAUAACAGAGAUUAUAUAACUUGGUAGUAUCGGAAAAAUAUAAUUACACGAUUUAUU